UGUCUGUUAGAAAAAUGUGUGUUAUAAAAAAGUAUGUAUAUAAAAUAUCUUAACCGAUUAAAACAAGGUUGCCGUAGGAAAUAUUUGCCGGGUAUUGGUGUAAAAAGUUUUAGCCAUCAAGACGUUUCUUCGUUUGAUAAAAUCAACCAAAAUUCACAGAAUUCUUGUUGUACGUUUGUUCAAAAAAACCAAGAUAAUUCACCAGAAUCCACGGAUGUCCGAUUUCUGACAAAACAAUUUCAAAACUGGCUACAAGUUGUUCUUGCGCUAAGAUUUGCAAGUGAGUACGUCGCCCCCGUUAUCAACCAAGCAGUGAAAGAAAUGCAUCACCAACUCCUGUUUAAAUAUGGAUCGAAGUGCAUUCCUUAUCAACAACUUAAGCUACUAAGAACAUCUGGAAAAGUGCCGCCAUCUUUAAACAAUUGGAUUAAAGACGUGAAGUCGAACCACCGUUCAUCGAUAUCGACCGGUUCCCUAGUUCGAUUUACUGACGUUACAAAAUGGCCGACGGAAGAUGGCUCGUGGGAGAUAGCACGGGUUUUUAUGUCACAAGGCUACAGGUCGGGUACCGGCAAUACUUCGUCCUCAUUCGAUACUUCUGCUUUGUUCAGUUAUAUGUUUCGAUGUCGCAACUUUGAACGUUACUUACAAGAUAUUAAUGUCGCAAAAAAUAUACUGGAAGUGCGUAACAAUGCCAUGCACAGCCCACGACUCGAGUUCACAGAUCAACAAAUGAAAGAAUAUUUUGGUAUAAUAUCUUGUCUGUUUGACGACGAAAGGUUAAUUCUUGAAACGCAGCAAUUUGAGCAAUCGACCAAAGCGUUGCAAGAAUUUAAAGAGAUGAGAGACAGAUUGGCGAAAACUGAUUAUACAAAAACUACGAUCAAGUUUAUUGGCGAAGAAAACGCGAUGUUGUCUCGUUGUGUUUCAGCGAAUCAGUCUCAGUUGAUCUCGCUUCGCAACUUAUAUGACAAUAUUACACGAGAUUUCGUCAACGUUUCGAAACAAGCGUUAACAUUAAACAAAGCUUGCGAUCAGUUUCAACAGAAGAUUGAAAACCAACUUGAUCAUUUGGAUUCAAAAGUAACCAGCCUUCACAAACAAGUGGACGAGUUCGAAGAAUGCAUGAACCGCAGUGAAAAGAAGCCACCAUCGACUAGCUGUAAAGGUACAUGGCAGAGAAUUCUAAGAAAACUCACACGAAAGAAAUCUGCUGAUAAACCAACCCCUUCAAGUCGAUGCCAAACUAAAUGUCAAAGCGAAAAUGUCCUAAUGGGAACAGGUACGAAAAGAAAAAAGGACGAAAAUUAUAAUGUGAAAAUGAAGAAACGAAAAAACGACCUCGACCCCGUACAAGCGAAUCUGGUGGAAACAAUGUUGGCAAGUUUAAAAGAUUCAGAUGUAAAAAAGAAAAAUGGCGGCGGCGGUGGCGGAAGUAAUACGAAGUAUCAGAACAUUUUACAAACAUUUCUAUUAAGCCAGAAUGGGAACAAAGGAGCCUCCUAUUACGAAACAAUGGAUGAAAAUUCUCGAUAUCAUUCAAAAGUUACUUUUGUGUCAAAUUUUGCUGUUUCCACCCCUGAGCCACAACCUACAGAACAAGACGCAGAAGCGACAGCGGCGAAAGAGGCUUUAAAAAAUCUUGGGUUAGAACUCCCAGAAACGAUAAGCGACCCCGUUCAACUGUUCAAAGAUUAUUGCGAAGAAAUCCACCAAGAAACACUAUCUUUUCAUACCUUUGUUGCGUCACAUAGAUGCUUUGUCACGUUGAUACAAUUCUUUAACAACUACUCCAUAGCACGGACAGACGUCAAGCAGGAUGAACUCUUUAUUGAGUUGAAAUACAGUUCAUUAUUAUGCGAUACGGUUUCAAUCACCGAAAGCAUGGCCGCCAACAGCGUUCUAGCAGAGGCAAAUAUUUUUACAACGCCGCAAAACGCAAAGCAGCAACUGAACGAAUACUGUUUACAAAGAGGUGGGACACUUCCAUUGUAUUACACCAACCAAACAGAAAAUAACAGGACCGGUCAAAAAAUCUUAAGUUCCACGGUCCGAUCAUAUCUUCGAAACUCACUCACCGAUUCUAGAAUGCCUAACUAUUGCAAUGGGCCCGAUGAUAUACCAGACCCGCAAGACAAAUAUAUUGUAUAUGCUGAUAUUGUGGAAACUGAAAGCUUCCCGCAGCGUUCAAUGUUGGCAUCGAGCGAAACAGCAGCAAAACAAAUGUUGGAUAAACUGGGUGUUGUGUCAGAUGGUAAAACACAUACACCUUACAUGGAAAGAUUGGAAGCAUAUGCGAGGGAAUGGGGCUACACGGUUGUUCCUCAUACACGAGAAAUUAAUCUGAACGUAGAAGUUCCAACAAUGUACGAUUGUGUCGUCACAAGCAAAUGCCUCAAAGACACAAAGCAAAGUUUCAUCGUAUGUAGUAACGUUAUUGGUACAUACGACUCCAACGACGCGAAGGAAAGUGCCGCUUUAAAUGCAUUGAGGUUACUUGGGGUCACGCACAAUACCUGAUCCUACGUCACAAUGACGUCAUAGGUGUGACGUCAUACUACAAUGUUUAUUCAAAAUCGUGAUUUCACAAAUACGUUUAUUGCACACUUACAACCAAAUAUACAACAACGUUUAAUUAUAAGUUACAUGUUAUAUAGUAGGGUGGGGGGAAAUGGGACACCUUUAGCACAUAAUAUCCAAAUACUCUGAUCGUGUUUUAAACAAUUAACAACGGCCUAUGGAAGUCGUGAGGAUGUACGGAUAAUAUAUAAUUCUUUGAAUGUUCUGUUCACUACCAAAUGGGACGAGAAAAUAGAAUCAAAUAGUGUCCCAUCUUACCCCACCUUACUUACGUACUUAAAUAAUUAUUUUGUGGACGUUUUACAAAUUUGAACACAGCAUAAUACGGGAACGUGUACAACUCUUGCAAGAUUUAUAAUAUUUAUCAUAGGCGCAAAACGUGGGGUGGUGAGGGUUCAAGGCCACCCCUGAUUUUUAUAAUUAAGAAACAUUACAGUCAAGAAGGGCAAAAUUGCCAUUAUAUUUUUUUCUGAAUUUACAUUAUACAGCACACUGUAUUUUGAAAAGUUUUGCGCCUAUGAUUAUAAAAGAACCAUAUGUUUUCUACA